UCAAUCACGACGGACUUACCCUGUGAAGCAGCGGUGAGCACUGGCUGGCUGCAGCACAGAGAUGUGAAGAUAUUGUUUUUUUUACCAUGCCACGAAAUUGGUAUCUGGACAGGCCAGGUGAUGAAUAGCCAGAGAUCCUCCUCUGCACUCCGAGCCCAGUCACUCCGUCUGGGGGCUGACCACUUACUCAGAGUACUUGAGUGAUUAACAUGACACCAAUCAUGGAGGGAACACACACUGUGCUGCUCCUAUACGCACCAAUCCAUGAGAUAAGCAACAUCAGCCUGUAUUUCCCCAAGAGGCGGGCCCCGAGCUUUAAGUACAAGAGCCGCGCCCCUUAUUCAGAAAUGGUCAGUAAUGACCAUGACCAGGGAAAUGAGGAUCUCGGAGUGUCCGAACAAAAAGGCCAGUCUUCCUGCUCCUCAGACGAACUCCUCAUCUCCCAGCAGGCAACAAAGGAGGCAGUUGCAGAGCUCUCCUGGCUGGCGGAGGAGCACCACCAGUUGCUGGCCGAUCUCUUAUCACUGUGUAGGGAUUGCGCCAUCAAAGUCAGGAUGGGUAACCAGGAUGGGAAAGUCCAGGAUUACAUGGAGGGUCAGGAAGUUUAUCUUGGAGGUCAGGGUCUCAGCAGCAACAACUACUCUCUCACUGUAUCUCCAGAGCACAAGAGGGCAACUACAUCCAAGGGCAAAAAGCUGAAGAAGUUGGGAGGCAAGAAGCUUGACAGUGCUGAGGAUUUGCUGCACAGUAAAAUGAAAAAGAAAGUUACCAGUGGAACUUCCUCUAUUCAGCGUCCUGCACUCAACAAUGCAUCCAUAUCUUCAGCCUCAGUAAUGCAGCAGUUUCCAGAUGAUACCCUAGCCUUUGACCAUGUCACCAACUGCCCAGUCACCGGCUCUUAUGCCAGUGCCGUCAGUAAUCCCAUCCUGCCCAUGGAGGAACCCUUCCAGAUCGGUCAUGAGGGUUGGGACUUCAUGGAGGAUAACCGGACAUUUGAUCCUUACAUGGACUUCUGCAAUGACUUCUCAGAGUAUGACGGGGAGCUGGGUUAUGAGGCGUCGUUCUGCAGCCUGAUGGAGGGUCUGACCAGACGGGAAAGUGGGAGCAACCUUCGACCUAUUAAGAGGCCUGAUUCCUUGGGUGAGACAGUAUCUGAGAAUUUAUCAGCAGUCAACCAGAGUAAUAGAGGGGUCAGGAUGGUGGAUAAAGUGCAAGAUGGGGAAGGGAGAGUGCCACAUGUCAACCAUACAUGCUCAGACAGGGCAGGGCCGGCCAUGCUACAUCCAGGGACUAACAGCUGCCAACAGGGGUUUGGAAAGUGGAGAGGACCAAACAGAGAGCACCUGCUGGAAGUCAAUAGAGAAAAGACGGGUAACAAGCUUUCUGAGGGGCUACGGUUGCCCCUAUCCCACACCACCGAACCUAAUCCCCAGGCCAAAUCCCACACAAAGAGCCCCUCUUCGCCUUCUCUUGCUGGGGUCUUCAACACAUCUUUCCCUGCAUCCAACAGUCUCCUGAGCAUGUCCCCGGUCCUGUCCCCUCUAUCCUCCAAACAAGCAAGCCCACAGCUCAACCACCGCAUUGUCUUGCUCUCAGAUAAGGAUGUGGACCAUGAACCAGACAGCUCCAGGAACAGAGAUGAGACCAAAAUCUUCACUGAGGACGUGGAUAAGAACGGCAACAAACGGACUGUCACCCGUCUGGAUUUGAACCUCAGCAGGCGGCCCAGCAACUCCAAGUGGAACUCCUCCAGCAACUCCACAACAACAGAGGAUCCCUUCUUGCGUCAGGAUGACAUUUGGAUGUUGGAUGGCGAUGAACCUCAUGAGCACAUUUCCCGCGUUCCACGCCCUGAUCACCUUGACUUCCUACGCAUCACACCACCUGAGGAUGACAUCAUCGGGGACACACCCUACUGUCCCAAACUGGAGUGCACGGCAAAAAUGGACAGUGUGAGUAAUAACUCAGAUGGACUGGGGAGGCAGCCCACUAGUUCCCUCCUGAAUGUCUUCAGCAGUAUCUUCAGCCGAGAUACACCUGCCCCUUCAGACGCGGAGUCAGCUGUGCUGACUUCUUUCAAGGAGCUCUCGGAUGAGGAGAAUCCUCUUCCUGAAGCCUCUCUAACCACUAACCAGGAGAACAAGCUCCAGGGGAGGUACAGAAUUAAUCAGAAUAAUGUGACCGCUUCCUAUGAUACAGGGCUCAGGGCUGAAUCAUGGGAAACCUGCAAGGACCAAGUUAAAACAGCCGCUGGAGCCUUGGUUGAUCUAGAUCUGGUCCAGGUCACGAGGGUGGAAACGUACAGUGACAGUGAGGAAAAUGAGGAUGAGAAGGUGGCCAACAGCAGCACUAGUCUGUUGGAGAAGCUUGCCAGGACCAGGGAGCCUUCCCUGCCUGAGGAGGGUAAUAAUACAGUGGAGCAUGGUGAUGGAGAUGAGCUAAAAGAUGCCAGUGAGGCAGAAGCAGAGUACCAAGUGCCAGUGUUUAGAACACACAAACUUGAGGAGAGAUCACUAGCUAUUCUAUAUUCAGACAGGUUUGUCAACAGAACUAACUUGAAGCCAGUUCUGGUCCCUUCCGUUUCCAAACAGGGAGAUGGCGUCAGUCCCAAGGAGCGCACCACCAUUGUGUCUUUGGAUGUAGAAACAUCUGAUGCGGGAGAGAAUGGUGGAGACAAUGUGGAAAACAAUGAGAGUGAAGAGUUUGCCAACAUAGAUUGUUCUCUGCCUCUUCCUUCUAUCUUCUCUGGACAUUUGGCUUUAGAGGCCUCAGGUCAAAAUGCUGCAACAGCCUCUGCUUUAAAGCAGGAUUUUGAUAGUCUACAGAAGGCGGAGACACAUGAGCAAAAGGCUGAGGAUGGGACUGAGGAACCUCACUCCAGCAAGGUGUCAAACUCUGCUGUUAUCAUAAAUCACCCUACAGGGCUAAAAAAAAACAUUUCACCUCCAUCUGCAACUGAAGAGUCCCCAGGUGAUAUUCAGCCAAGGACCAGUCCUGCUCAACAGAGCAUAACUGCUCCAAAGACAUCAGAAAUAAUCACGCCACCUCCAGCUUCAUCCAAUCCACCCUCCUCUACCUCAUCCCCCUCCAAGGGCAUGGCGGUCUCUUCGCCCGCGUCCUUCCAGAUGCCAGCUCUCUUCAGUGGGUUGCGAGUGCUGAAGAAAGGAGCGGUGGGGGAGGACAGGGAAACGGUGUCAGAGAUCAAACAGAGUGAGAAGGAUGCUGACCUGGCCCUGCUCAGCCUAAAGAAGACAGUAAACAAAGCCAAGCUCUUCCCCGAGCAGAACACGGUUACUCCAGUCAAAAAACAUGCACAGCCUAAACCUAUUACAGAAACAAAAAGCACUGUAAUGGGACACUUGAGUCAGCUGCUCAACGUAGACAACCAGGAUGAGACCAAAAAGGCAGACACUGGGCAGGAUGCUGAUCCUGAAAACAGCAGCAAAGAGUCUGACAAUAGAGAAGAGGAUGCAGGAGAGAAAAACCCAGGUCCAGUAACCCCCACACCCCCACCAGAGAAAAAGAAGACCUCAGACUUGGCCUAUGAAACCUUCAAGAACAUCUUUGGCCCCAAAAUAAUGAAAAAGGAAAAAACAGAAGAUGUGGACCUGGAGGCCGUGAAAAGGAGAAUCAAGAAUGAAAAGGAAAGCCUGAGGUCUAUUUUUGAGAGAGCUUCCAAAUCUCCUGGCAAGGAACUCAACAGUCCCACAGAGGCUCAUACGGAGGUCACAUCUCCUACAGACAGUGAGGACCGGACCCCAGGGCGUCUUCAGGCUGUGUGGCCCCCACCUAAACCUAAAGAUGAGGAAGAGAAGGUGGGGCUCAAAUACACCGAGGCAGAGCACCAGGCUGCUCUCUUGCAGCUGAAGAGAGAGUGCAAGGAAGAUCUGGAGAGGAUGCAUGUAAGUAUCACUUUCGCAGACAUGUUAACACCUGGCGCUGGUCCAGCUCCUCCUCCCCCUCCUCCAGGCUGUGGUCCACCACCUCCUCCCCCGAUGGGCUUCAGUUUCGACCAGAAGGUGGAGAAGGCACCACGGAAACUUGCCGUUGAGCCAGCAUGUCCAAUGAAGCCUCUAUACUGGACCCGGAUACAGAUACAGGACAAUAACAACAACACACUCUGGGGUUCUCUGGAGGAACCAAACAUCGUCUGCGCCAAUGAGUUUGAGGAACUUUUCUCCAAGGCCACGCUGCAGCCAGUGAAGAAGCCCCUGUCCGACACCUAUGAGAAGAAAGCCAAAACUAAGAAGAUUAUCAAGUUGCUAGAUGGGAAACGUUCACAAGCAGUUGGUAUCCUCAUAUCGAGCCUGCACCUUGAGAUGAAGGACAUUAAGCAAGCUGUUCUUACUGUGGACAACUCUGUGGUGGAUUUGGAGACCAUUGAGGCUUUAUAUGAAAAUAGGGCCACCAAUGAUGAGCUGGUCAAGAUAACAAGGCAUUAUGAGAAUUCUAAAGAAGAUGAAGUCAAACUGCUGGAUAAACCUGAACAGUUUCUCUAUGAGCUCUCUCAGAUUCCCGACUUCGCCGGCCGAGCCCACUGCAUCAUCUUCCAGUCGGUAUUUCUCGAUACCAUCUCCUCAAUCCGUCGCAAGGUGGAGAUAAUCUCGAAUGUCAGCAAAGAGCUGUUGGAGUGUAAUAGCUUGCGAGAUGUAUUAGGUCUCGUUCUGGCCUUUGGGAACUAUAUGAACGGAGGGAACAGGACAAGAGGUCAAGCUGAUGGCUUCGGACUGGAGAUCCUCCCCAAACUAAAGGAUGUCAAGAGCAGAGACAAUCGUAUGAACCUGGUGGAUUAUGUUGUUUUGUACUACCUGCGUAAUUUUGACAAACAUGCCGGCACAGACAAGAGUGUGUUCCCCAUGCCAGAGCCCCAGGAUUUCUUCCAGGCUGGUCAGGUUAAGUUCGAAGACCUCACCAAGGACAUCAGAAAGCUGAGGAAAGAUCUGACUGCUUGUGAGAAGAGUGUGCAGAAGGUGUGUGCUAACUCGUCAGAGGAAAACCUCCAGCCCUUCAAGGAGAAAAUGGAAGGAUUCAUCUCUGCCGCUCAAAAGGAGCAUUCAACUGAAGAGGAACGACUCAGUUCAGUGCAGAGAAGUUUCCAGGACAUGGUGAGCUACUUUGGGGUGAAGCCAAAGUCCGGGGAGAAAGACGUGGCCCCGAGUUACGUUUUUAUGUUUUGGUACGAGUUUUGCAACGAUUUUAAGAACUCCUGGAUACGACAAAACAAGAACAUCUCCAAGGAGAGGCUAAAGGAAGCUCAAGAAAACAUCAAGAAGAUCACAGCAGAAAAGAGAGUUGAAACCAAGAAGAUCAAUGGCAACAGUCUGAAAGAGAGGCUGCGGCAGAAGGAAGCCGGCGUUCUCCCAGUUGAGUGAAAGGAGUAGUAACAGCAGAGAAAUGACGAGGUUGGUGUAGAUCGCAGAUUAGAAAAUGUGCCGGCCGUAUUUCUCCUGCGUUUCGAUUCGGACUGCCCACUGUGCACCAUCAUAAAGACUCACAAUAAAACCUCACGUAUUACUCCCAAUGCUGUAUAUCUCUGCUCUACAAACACCCACCCUUCCCCAACCUAACCUCCACCACCCUGUAGACAAGCUGGGCCUGCAGCAAGGAUGCAUGGCUGACAUAGCCAAAGUGAUGAGAGUCUUCAAGGCCAAAGGUUGAUCUCAUUCAUCCAGCAGGGCACGACCUUUUGAGUGCCCAGCUUGUGAAAGGUCUCAAGGGUUCAAUGGGAUUCACAACAGCUGACACAUCCAAGAGGGUCUACAAGCCUUCUGGGUCUACAAGAGCUGAGAAACUAUUUUUUUUUCUCAACUGUAGAUGUUAGACAGCAGAGUGAUAAUGCUCCUAUAUACUCAAAGUGUUAAGACGUUGUGACCUGAAGAAGAAAAUCCCUGUUGAAAAAACAAAUCUCUUUCUAUUUCUCUCUGGAAGUGGUAAAAAAAGCAGUUGCUAGUGUUCCUUGCUGUAGUGAAAAAGCUUUUCUUUUACCCUGGCUCAAUGAAAGUCUUGUAAAUAUGUCAUGUUGUAGAAUUGGCGGGGAUUUUGCAGCUUUGAGGAGUAUGAUAAAAUUACCCCUCCACACACACACACACACACACACGCACACGCACAUUCUUAAGCUCAUAAUUAAGAACACAACAAUUUUUGUCCCUGCAACCACUCUCACCCAAGAUAUUAAAUACACAUCACGAAAAAUUGCUAAUCCUUAGUGCUGUGCAUCACAUGGUGUCCAGCACACCUUUUAAGCACUUUACUGUUUGCUGUAGCUUUAUGUUGUAGCUCGCCAUAAGGCACACUCCCCUGUUGAUGCUAACUGCGUGGAUUAUUUUUUGUUUUUUAAGAAUGUGCACUUUUUUUGCACCCCGUUUUCUAUGCAAGGGUAUGUUCGACCUAGAUGAUUUAUGAACUGUAUUGCUUGAUGAAAUCCUACCAGAUAUUUUUCUCUAAAAAGAAGAUUGAAGCGUAUGUUUUCUUUUUGCAAAUGUAAGAGGCAACCAAGUUCCUGUCGCCUUCAAGAAAAGUAUAUUUAUGUAAGGAAAGAUUUAUUUUCUGCCAAAAAGCAUCAGCUUUGUUCCCUUUUGAGGUUGUAUUUUAAUGAGUUGUAAUCGACUGAGAAGCUUCCAAAUAGGUCAGUCGGAUGAAAGAUAUAUUUUCACUUGGAUAUAAUGUUUCUGUUGUGCUCACAUAUUCACAGUGUACGCGGCAAUAUGAUAUGUGGUGUUUAAGUAAUUACAUAAAAUGAAUAAGGCCUUUUCUGUUCAGAUUUGGAGAGAUGAGGGUUGUAUUUUAGGUAUUGAGAAUAUUUUAGCAUAUCACCUGAAGCCAUGUGAGUUAGUAUACCUCAGACAGACUUCCAUUGUAAGAGUAUCCAUGAAACUGCACCUUGAAUUACAUGUUUUACCCUCCAAAGUCUUUCACCUGUGCCAUUUAUUUUGUAAAAAGAAAAUCUAGAUAUUUCAUAAACUGCUAUGUUUUACUUUAGAGGGAUUGAAAAGCAAAAAAGAGCUGAUACAGACCAAGGAACUGCUGUGGUCGGUAUGGAUGGAUGGAUGGAUGGAUGGAUGGAUGCCGGGUUGAUAUAACCUUCAGUAGCUCUAAUAUAUAGGUGCUCUGUGAUUUUAUGGAAUUGUUUUAAAUUUCAAGAUUAAACUACUGGAUGCUGAACAAACUGGA